AUGGACUGGCCCCAUUCUUGCUUUUCCCUUUGCUGGAUUUUGUGGGCAGCCUCAAGAUUGAGAGUCAUAGAGGCAGCAGAAGGAAAAUAUGCUCAAAAGCUAUUUAAUGACCUUUUUGAAGAUUACUCCAAUGCCCUGAGACCAGUGGAAGAUACAGACAAAGUACUGAAUGUCACUCUACAGAUUACACUCUCCCAAAUUAAAGAUAUGGAUGAGAGAAACCAAAUUUUGACAGCCUAUCUGUGGAUUCGCCAAAUCUGGUACGAUGCGUAUCUCAAGUGGGAUAGAGACCAGUAUGAUGGGCUAGACACCAUCAGGAUCCCCAGUGACUUAGUAUGGAGGCCGGAUAUUGUUCUUUAUAACAAAGCUGAUGAUGAAUCUUCAGAGCCAGUGAAUACAAAUGUGGUCCUCAGAUAUGAUGGACUUAUCACUUGGGAUUCCCCGGCUAUAACCAAGAGUUCCUGUGUAGUUGAUGUAUCUUAUUUCCCUUUUGAUGAUCAGCAGUGCAACCUGACCUUUGGUUCCUGGACCUAUAAUGGUAAUCAAGUGGAUAUAUUUAAUGCAUUGGAUAGUGGAGACCUCUCUGAUUUCAUUGAAGAUGUGGAGUGGGAAAUCCAUGGAAUGCCUGCAGUCAAGAAUGUAAUCACUUAUGGGUGCUGCUCUGAGCCUUACCCAGACAUAACCUUUACGCUUAUUCUGAAGAGGAAAUCCUCUUUCUAUAUUGUUAACUUGCUGAUCCCAUGUGUGCUAAUAUCUUUUUUGGCCCCCUUGAGUUUUUACCUCCCAGCAGCCUCUGGUGAAAAAGUGUCCCUGGGAGUCACUGUCCUCUUGGCCAUGACCGUAUUUCAAUUAAUGGUUGCAGAGAUUAUGCCUCCUUCUGAGAAUGUACCUCUGAUAGGCAAGUACUAUAUAGCAACAAUGGCCCUGAUAACAGCAUCUACUGCACUGACCAUCAUGGUGAUGAAUAUCCACUUCUGUGGUGCUGAAGCCAAACCAGUACCCCAGUGGGCAAGGAUAGUCAUCUUGAAGUACAUGUCCAAGAUCUUAUUUGUUUACGAUGUUGGGGAAAGUUGUGCCAGCCCACGCCAAAGCAAAGAACGAGACCAUCACCAGAAGGACUAUGGCAAACUCCCAGAGCUGCACAGGAAAGGGCCCAGGAACAGAGACAGUAACAUUGCCCGAAAGAAGGAAAUCAGUAGAGUUUUAAACAAUGACUUGGGAACCCAGGGCGAGAAUCCCAAAGAGGGAGACAGUUACUGUGCCCGAUAUACAGCCCUGACGAGGAAUAUCGAGUACAUUGCUAAGUGCCUCAAAGAUCACCGGACCAAUAAUGCAAAAGGAAUUGAGUGGAAGAAGGUCGCAAAAGUGAUCGACAGGUUCUUCAUGUGGAUUUUUUUCAUCAUGGUGUUUGCUAUGAGUAUUUUGAUUAUAGCUAAAGCAUAA